AUGGACGAGACCAUGAGGAACAGGUUUGAGAAUGCGCAUGCGGCUGACGAAGCGGAACGAAGCACACACACCCCUCAACAUUCAACGUCGGUGCACUCCAACGAGACGUUGGCGGCUGGAAGAUUUCCAGUGGCCCCCAAAAGAUCUCAUGUUCCCUACGUAUCUCCCCGGUUGAAGCGAGACAAGCCGCAGCUGCAGCGCGUACGAGCACACAUGAGCGAGAAAGAACGGCAGCGGGGCUAUCUGCCGUUCCUAUGUUCAGAAUCAGAGCUGAAUUCUGUGCAACAACAAUUCGAUCGGUGGAAGAAUGCAAUACUGAAGCUGAACACAGGUCAUAAGUCUGCUCUGCGAUAUAGCAACGAUCGGGGCAGGUGGUUAUAUGAACAUCAUGAUGUAACAAGCAUGCGCGAUGCCUGGGAAGCCUUGAGUAUCGAGAAGAGGCGGAAGGAGUGGCCAGCGGUCAUGCUCGCGACGCUAACGAAUUGUCCAAGCAAGGUGGCCAUGGUUCUGGAGGCGACCUUGAACCCGUUGCCGCCCGGAUACGCCAUACACGAUGUACUCCACGUGAUGGGACAGAGAUUGCAGCUCGACAGCAUCAAAGAUGCAAACGAUAGAGCCUUGAUGGCUGACAAGGUUUUGGCUCUACUAGCCCACAUGUUGGAAGAUGUUCCUGAGGGCCAUGUCCCAUUCCGGCAACACACUGUUGGCCUCUUUGCGGCGCGACUGCCGGCGGCCCAAGCCAAGGAUCUUUAUGAUAUGUUGAAGAAGAAGGACUUUCGACUUCAUCGGCACACUGAGUUACAGUUUGCCAGCAAGCUCGCUAGCGAAGUCGCUUACAAGAAUACGGCUUAUGAGAUUCUCAAAGCUAUGGUGGAGAACGGCGCGGCAUUGAAUGAUGCAGCAUCGGCCAGUGUGGUCACGAAGCUGCUACAGUUCAAGACCAUGAGCGACUACCAGUCGCAGGGGGUGGAUAGUUUUGCAGCAAAAGAUGCUCUAGAACUGUUCAUGGCGCACGGCUACACGCCAAAUACAAUCACUCUCACAGCCUUACUGUCCACACUGUGUCAGGCAGGGCAGACUGAAGAGGCAAUUCACCUGGCUUUGUUAUUCGCGGAACACGGCGUGCAACUCGAUGGAAGGGCCUGGACCACUGUGUUUGCUGGAGCCAAAGCCAGCUUGAAUGUUGAAACAGUGACCAAGGCUUUGCUGGUCGCCAAAGUCACGCCAGUUUCGUUUGCGAGUGUGCUUAGCAACGCGUUGCAUGCAGUCUUUUACUUUGCGACUUCGGAAACUCACAGCAAGAAGAUGAAGACGCCUUGGUCGGUGCCAAUGUUUCGCCCAAUGCUGAAGACGUAUGCAAAGAAGUUUGAGCUCAAGUCUCUCCAGUGGUGGCUGCCAGACUCGCUGCCGUUGCUGCUGAGCGACGAGGGCAUUGACAAGGAAGUGGAUGAUAAAUUUCGUGACCCCCUGGAUCGCGAAUGGGACUUUGUGCACACUAUCUUGCCCGUGGUGGACAAGGUUUUCGAAACCGAAGGCGACGCUGCAGAGACCAAGCUGCAACCCAAUACCAUGGCCGAUGCAGUAAUGCUGCGAGCUUAUAUACGGUCGCUCUCUCACCCGCAGGACAUACUGGCCUUUUACAGGUACUUCAAGUCGCGGCUUGAGGAAGAUGAGAAAUAUCCCAAGCUUCUGCUGCAGAGCCAGGGUGCCAUGAUUCAUGAUACAUUUAUUCUGGUCAUGACGGAGCAUCGCGAACUGUGGAGAGAGGCGCUGCAUGUAUUCGGUGACAUGCUCAAAGCUACUCUACGUACCAGGUCGGCGGCCAACAACGACAACGUCUCCAACCAAGCGCCCGAUUCAACGAGUCAUCUUAUUCAUCCGGACCACGGCAAGCUGGCGGACGAAACGGCAAUGGAAGUGACGGUUCAUCCAGCCCCGACCGUGCUAACGAUGACGAUUCUUUUGCGAGGGUUGCUUUAUCAAGGGGAAGACGCCCUCGCCGAGCAGCUGUUGCAAGUGAUGCGGGAGCUCGACAUUGAGCCCAACUUGGUGACGUGGAACACGCUGAUCCGGCACAAAGCACUGGCGCAAAAUACAAAAGAAACUGUCACGUUGCUGCAAGAAAUGGAAGCAACCGGUUUGAAGCCCGACAAGUACACAUAUGACGCUUUUCGCAAGCUGCGGGACCAAGACAAGGCGCUCAAGAUGAUGCAGUUGAUUGUCGACGAGAACCGCGAGAGCAUAGAUGCAGAGUAG